AAUAGAAACUCGCCGCCGCCAUCAACAUUCGUCCAAAGGAGUUUUCCUGUAAUGCUGUUGAGAGUAAAGCCGAAAAUUGAGCUGGGAAAACGGUUUAGAGAGGGGUGGCGUCGGCGCGCAGUCUACAAUCCCCAAAUAGAUUAGGCCGACUCGGGGUGUGUACUACAGGCUAAACGCGACCGGUAGCGGCUUUUCCAGUACUCACAACUUUUACUGUAAUUAUCAUGUGAAUAGUAAAACGCUAAUUUGGCAUUAACAUCAUGCGUGCAGAUUUUCACGGUUUUUUUGGAGAUGUUGAAGUAAACCGCAUCGAAUCUUUUUAGUAUGAUUGGAUAUUGUAUAUAGCAAUUGGCCAAGUAGUGUUGUGUAGAGUUAGGUAAAGUAAACAUGGUGUGUAAAAAUCUGAUGACCAAAAGGACCUGCGAACCACUUGCAGGACUAUUCCUGGUAAUACUAAUCUUAUUGCAAAUAUUACCCGCUUCUUUAGAGCAAGAUGAGGAUAUUCCGCAUAAUGAGGUGAAAAACUGGGCACUCAAGUUCGGCGUCGACUUAUGGGCAUAUGGGAAAGAACUAACGAGGAUGAACGAGCUCCAAAGAAAAUACCAUGACGUAGACAUCGACGUUGUUAGAAAGGAUGGUCUGAUUUUACUUCGGGAAAUGGCAUACGAAGUAAAGAACAUGAUGGAUUUCAAAAUGAGUGCUGUAUUGCGUAUAAUGGAUUCAGCAGAACAAGCCGCUCUGACACCUCAAAGUGACAAUGGCCAACCAUUUAAAUAUUAUAAUGCGAAAAGGCUAAACGUGUUUGGUCCCGAUGGAAAACCAUCCGAAGGCACGAGGGAAAUUUUAUUAACUCCAAAUCCUCACUUUGAUCAUUUACCGGUUAACGUUAGUUUGAGCUCUGUAUUAUUCCCCCCUCACACAUCCGAGACCGAAGCCAGUGUAUUAAAUGCUAUUCAUUGGUCGGAACACCUAGAUCCGCUGUUUGUUAGCAACUACGAUGGAGAUCCGUCAUUGUCUUGGCAAUUUUUUGGGAGUUCAACUGGAUUUCUAAGAAGAUAUCCAGGGAUCGCGUGGCCUCCAGAAGAAAUGUCAUCGGUUUGGCAAAGACCAAGGAAUACGAAAGAUUUGUAUGACUUCCGUAGUUCAUCGUGGUACGUUAACGCGGCUACUUCACCGAAAGACAUGGUCAUCCUUAUUGACAACUCGGGCUCUAUGACAGGAAAACGGGCAAUACUCGCUAGAGCGACCGCUGACAAAAUUUUGGAUACCCUUUCGGAUAAUGACUAUGUUAACGUGUUCAAGUUUUCUGACUACACCGAGGAAACCAUUCCAUGUUAUAAGGAUGUACUACUCCAGGCAAGCAGUGAAAACAGAAGGCGUUUAAAAGAUUCUUUAUCAACUUUAAAGGCGGUUAAUAUCGCUAAUUUCACUUCGGCACUUACGACGGCAUUUGACAUCCUUCACAAGUAUAAUCAACACGGAAUGGGUUCCCAAUGUAAUCAGGCUAUUAUGUUGAUAAGUGACGGUGCCCCAUCCACGUAUCGGGAGAUAUUUAAAACUUAUAAUUGGCCUCAUCGACCAGUCAGGGUAUUUACAUAUUUAAUAGGCGAUUCAAGUAGUUCUGUUGAAAUGCAGACAAUGGCAUGUAGUAACAAAGGAUAUUACACAAGAAUAUCAAAUUUAGAAGAUGUAGAGAGAAGUAUUUUGCAUUACAUAGCAGUUAUGGCAAGGCCAAUGGUAAUGUACCAGAACGAUCACCCCAUUCAAUGGACCCCCGUUUAUGUGGGCGGCAGGGCCGACAGUUUGUCUAAUGAGAAAAAAGGUCAACUAAUGACGACGGUUACCGCUCCAGUCUUUGAUCGAAGAAACCAUUCAGUUCGAGUCGCCAAUCUCUUAGGCGUCGUUGGUACUGAUGUUUCAAUCGAUCAAAUUAUAAAGUUAGUUCCGCCAUACAAGUUGGGUGUCAACGGAUAUUCAUUCAUCGUCAAUAAUAACGGCCACGUAUUGUACCAUCCCAACCUUCGCCCAUUGUACAAUAAUGAACAAUACGAAGAAAGCUUAGAACCGGCGUAUAGUUCGGUUGAUUUAACGGAAGUUGAACUAGUGGAAAAUGAAAGUGGACCGAGGGAGAACAAUUCCGCCCUUCUUGACUUACGACAUGACAUGAUCGAUCAGAAAGAAGGCGAAACGGAAUUAAACGUUAAGGUUCACUACGACCAUGUGAAAAGGGUGGCAACGCGAAGGAACAAGUACUUUUAUAAUCCAAUCGAAGGUACCCCUUUCUCACUGGGAUUAGCAAUACCAGAGGGGUACGGUAUGUACGAACUGUUGGCGGAACAGGAGAUUAAGCACAGUCAGAAGAACGUAACGGAGUACUUUAAAGGCUCAAAUUGGAAGGUCCAUCCUGAGUGGGUUUAUUGCGAGUACACUGGGGGAUCUGCAAGUGAGCAAGUAUUCCGAACUGCCGAAGAAAGGGUAUUGCAUUUUUUAUCAAGAAGUCGAAGACCGGGGUGGAAGUGGAUGUCGUUGCGACCACGAUCACACCAUCACCAAUCCACUAAACAGGAUAAAGAUGCCUAUUUUUGUGACAAAACAUUAUUACAAUCUUUAGUUUUGGACGCCAUGGUAACUGAGGAAUUGGAAAGGCGUAGUUCGCAUCCUUCCCAUUCCGAAGACAAGCACCCAAUUGCAACACUUUUGGUUCUAUUGCAAAGCCAAGGCUAUGAAAUGUUUGGAUUGACGCUCUCCUUUGUGGCGACAAGAAGCGGUAUGUUGCGUUGGACGGACCUUAUGCCCUCGCACGAUUCCAACCAGCCACACUUCAGUGAGAAUAAUGUCAGGGGAAUGGAUGAAACUUGGUACAAAAGGGCAGUAGAUCAACACGCUAUAGAACCUGAAAGUUUCGUUUUUUCCGUGCCGUAUGACGUGGGCUCUACCGGUAAACCAUUGGUUACCGCGACUCACGCAGUAUUUGUCGAACAUAAAGGCCAUAGAGCUCCGGCUGCCGUUGUUGGACUGCAAUUCCAACACUCUACUUUGGCUUCGCAUUUCCUAGUAAACAUUACCUCAGCGUGUACCGGAACCUCCAAUUGCCACAAAACCUGUGCAAGUGAUGAAUUAGACUGCUACGUUUUAGACAAUAAUGGUUUUAUAAUAAUUUCUGAAGACUCAGAACAUACAGGUAGGUUUUUUGGAGAAAUCGACGGCACGAUUAUGGAUUCGUUAGUACAAGAUCGAAUUUACAAAAAAAUUGCCGUGUACGACUACCAAGGUGUAUGUACCAACAGCAGGAACCAUUACACCGGCAGGAGCACAACGCUUUCGCCUCUCGGCCCAACAAUGAAGGUUUUGACUUGUUUAACAAAAAUUGCGUUCUUUUGGCUAUCGUUUGCAAGCUCGGUCUUAGGAAGGGCUUUUUCAUACGCACAUGAUGAAGAUGCAUUAUAUUCAGAUGUAGAUUACGAAAACUCGUUCGAACAUUAUCCUACAGGGGAAGAUGUGGUCGGUGAACAAGAUCCAAUGUCUGUCCCUCCGUCGUACUCAAACAACCCGUCAUUUGUGGUACCUCCCAUUGAAAGUGAUCCAAUGGAAGGCAUCGACAUGAGCCAAUUUGGUGUACGUCGAUGCGAUCGCAAAGUUGACUUGUACAUACUUCAACCGGAUCGGUUAAACACUAGUGGACAAAGUAAUCCACUAAAGGGGAAAUUAACCAACUGUCACGUGACGGGUUGCGAAAGACCAUUUAGUGUACAAAAAAUACCACAUAGUAAUUUAAUAUUGUUAGUAGUGGACACUUUGUGUCCAUGUGGAAGUAAACAGUUAAGUAUAGCGCCACAAGAGAUUGUAUACGAUGCAGGCAUGGGUUGUUCCAAUAAGGCGAAAGAUGGACUUUAUCGCAAGCGCCCACACAAGUGCAUCAAUUAUCAUCCAGAAGAAAGUGAAAUAGACGUCUGUGGCGUAGGCUCCCGAAUUUCGGUAAGCUUCUCCUUGAUCUCAAUAGGAUUAUUACAUUGUACGUUCGAUCUUCUAUCGUGACUGAAAUGUAGGUACUAUAAUAUCAAUUUUGUAUGUAUUUAAAGUAGAAGUAAACUGCAGGCAGAUUUUAAUGCCUUAAUCGAAAAAUAUAUUUCGUUAAUUUUAUUAUCUAUGAAAAAUUCGAUGUGCAUAUCUAUAGAUAUAUUUUGUUUAAAUUUAAAAGAAAAAUUCACAAUGUUUGUCAAACGUAGUUUACUUUUAUCGUUUUGUACCAUACAUUUUUUAUGUAUGGAUAUAUAAAUAAAUAUAAAAUAUACAUAUUACGCAA